AUGAGUGAAAGAACCUUAAUUCCAAUAUUCAUCUUCUGGGCUUUUCUCACAAUCAUCACUCCCACACUUGUUCUCUUGUCAGAGAAUUCAAAGCCAGACUUUGAUUUAUAUGGGAAUUCAACGGAGGUGGCACCGCCGUGGACCACGGUUGCAGCAGCGGAGGAGUUAGCCCCUGCACCAGCACAAGCACUAAUUGUAUCAUUACCGACCGGAGCUAACUUGACGGCGGUCGGCGGCCAUAAUGGAAGUGUUGCAAGCAAUAAAAGUGAUGAUGGACUUGCACAAGUGUUUCCCAGAAAACACCUCAAGCAAAUGAAACUCCCAUCCACACAGCUGGCUAGCAGCUGAUGAGAAUGGCUUUGGAUCUCAGGCUGACGAUCUGAUGUGCUCAGGAAGGAAGGAAUAUUGCAAAUUGGUGAGAUAAAACGUUAAUUUAUUGUAGCUUCUUUCUUUGAAGUUUAGACGUUUUAUACAGUGGCUUGGCAUGGGUUGUUUAGCAAAGCGAGAGAGUUUUUUCGACUAUUGGUUUGAAAAUGGAAGAUGGCAACACAAUUAGACAAAAAAGCCUCGGAG